AGGAGAAGCUGGGGAGAGCCCAGAGAAGAGCGGCUCGGCUGGUGCGAUUCAAGGCGACGCGAGGACAGGCUGGCGACGCGGGACUGUUCAGCCUAGGAAAGAGAAGACUUUGGGGGAACAGGUGGCAGUUUGCAAACAUAUCCGGGGAGAGCAUCAGGGGCUCGGCGAGCAACUAUUCAUCAAAACGCCCCAGGAGCGAUGGUCAUGAACUCCUAGAAGGAGGUUUCAGACUGGAUAUAACUGAAAAUAUCUUCGUGGCUCAUGUGACCGGACUGGAACAGACUCCCAGCCGGGGUGGUGCAAGCACCGACCCUGGAGAUCUUCAGAAGGAGACUGGACGCACGCCUCACCGGGGUUAUUUGACCCCUGCAGUCUUUCCUGGCCAGAGCAGGGGCCGGCCCCGACGAUUUCACCAGGUCCUUUCCAGCCCUGAACUUCUGCGAAUUGGGGGCUAGGCUUUCCGCUGUGAAGAACUGCCUGUAUCUUGUCACCCAUCAGCAAGUGUCCCGUUGCGUGCGUCUCUAAGCACCGCCAGCUUUGCCGCAGCCUUGGCUGCUAGCAUGCUCUCAUCGCCUUUCUCCAGCAUUGCCAGAAGAAAGGAAAAAAAAAAAAGAUUUUUUUGCUAACUGCACAGUAACAUCAUGCUAUCAGGGAAAAAUCAUUGCGUUGAAAAGCUUCCUUUGUGUGCCUAGGACCAGUGGAAGAUGUGUUAAUAAAUUGUUGCAGUGAGUGGAUUCCAGCUGACUUUUAAAACCCCUUUGAUUCCUCUCAGUGUUUCUGCCCUUAGGAAAGCAUCAGGCACUAAGCUACCUGACUUCCGUGUACAGAGGAAGAGAUUAAAAAGAGAGCUGAAAUAGAAGGGCAGAAAGGAUGCUACACACAGUACUUACAGUGUGGAGGGAUUAAGAGGAGGGAAGAAGGCAGGGAAGUGAGAUUUAAUUGUCACCGCAAAUAGAAAAGUGACACUGGGGAGAGGCAAUAGCCAACAAAGCGGCACAAAGGGGGAAGAUUGGGGUCAGAGGUUUGUAGCGUAAAUGGUGUCCUCACCGUCACUUGUUGCAGCACUUGAGUCUUCCAGUGACGUUUCCCACCCACACAAUGAAUUGGGUAUGGCUCUUCUUACCCUAUUAAAAUAGCAAAUCCCUGUUUCCUUUUCUUGAUUCAUUGCACAUAUCAAAGGCACCAGCAUGAAUUGGUCCUCUGCAGGCAGAGCUUUCUGUGAACCUCCCCAAAUUCAGAGUAAAGACUUAAUAAAACUGUACAAACAAGACUGCCGUCGUGAUGGAAAAAUGCUUGAGGAUUCAGCCAGGGCAAGGAUGGUUUAAGCUGCGGAUGAGUUCUAGGGAUGGUGCUGGGCAGAUGUAGAGAAGAGAACUGGUUGCAUAAAUAAUAAAAAGUUUCAAGUAUAAAAACACCCUCAAAACUUCAAUUGCUGAACUUGAACAGAGUGAGCUGGGAACAAGCCAUAUAAAGUCAUCAGAUUUCCUUCGAUCAAAAUGAAACCUCACUGGCAGUAGCCGCCUGUUGACUGUAAUGACCACGCCUCCAUCUGCUAACACUCACAUGAAGCAUGCAUGAUCACCCUUGGAGAGUUUAGAGAAGACAGGACUUUGCAGACAAGCAUCGGUUUGGAGCAAGACUUCUUUAAGGGUGUUUGAUAGGGGCAGCAAAACCGUACUGGUUUUGGCAUGAUGUUGGAAAAGUGUUCCUUCUGUAAAAAUGGGGAAUGCGUAAAGCCAAUAAAAGUUGAAAAGAAACCUGGAAAAGCAGCAGCUAAGAUCCGAAUUGAAGAUGAUGGGAGCUACUUUCAGAUCAAUCAGGAUGGAGGAACAAAAAAGCUUGAAAAGGCUAAAAUUACCCUGAAUGACUGUCUAGCAUGUAGUGGCUGCAUCACCUCAGCAGAAAGUGUGUUAAUCACUCAGCAAAGCCAUGAAGAACUCUACAAAGCAUUAAGUUUUAAUAAGACAGCAGCUCCUAGUGAACAGAAGCUGAUUGUAAUUUCUGUUUCACCACAAUCCAGGGCAUCGCUAGCUGUGAGAUUUAAGAUGAAUCCUCUAGAAACAGCAAAGAAACUGACAGCUUUCUUAAAGAACCUUGGCGUGCACUAUGUGUUUGAUACAACCUUCUCUAGAAACUUCAGCCUCCUAGAGAGCCAGCGAGAGUUUGUGAAACGUUUUCGAAGGCAAACUGAAGACAAAAGGGCUUUGCCUAUGUUGGCCUCUGCCUGUCCAGGUUGGAUCUGCUAUGCUGAGAAAACCCAUGGAAGCUUCAUUAUUCCUUAUAUUAGUACAACCAAGUCUCCACAGCAGGUCAUGGGCUCUUUAAUCAAAGGCUAUUUUGCAGAACAACAGCAUUUAACCCCUGACCAGAUAUAUCACGUGACAGUGAUGCCCUGUUACGACAAAAAACUAGAGGCUUCAAGGCCAGACUUUUUCAACCAACAGUAUCAAACUCGGGACGUAGACUGUGUGAUUACGACGGGAGAAGUGCUGAAGUUGUUGGAACAAGAAGGGGUCUCCCUGUCAGAUGUGAGUGCUGCUCCUUUGGAUGCUAUGUUUAGCGGCACGGCAGAAGAGGAGCUGCUUGGCCAUUCUGGAGGCGGGUCCGGCGGCUACCUGGAGCACAUCUACAGAUAUGCAGCCAAGGACCUCUUUGGGAUUGAAGUGGCUGAAGUGCAGUAUAAGCCUUUAAAAAACAAGGAUUUCCAGGAGGUGACACUGGAGAAGGAUGGCGUGGUUCUGCUACAGUUUGCCUUGGCUUAUGGAUUUCGGAACAUACAGAAUUUAGUGCAAAAGCUGAAGCGAGGAAAGUCACCGUACCAUUAUGUUGAAGUCAUGGCUUGCCCGUCAGGCUGUUUAAAUGGCGGCGGUCAGCUCCGAGCUGAAGGCGAACCCAGCAGGGAGUUACUUCAGCAAGUCGAGCAGUUGUAUGAGUCUGUCAGGACUGAAACUCCGGAGGCAAAUGGCAGCGUACAGGAACUGUAUGAACAGUGGCUGGGUGGCACAGCCUCUGAUAAGGCAGGGAAAAUACUGCAUACAGAGUACCAUGCUGUGGAGAAAAUGAGCACUGGAUUUAACAUCAAAUGGUGAAGAAGCGUCUGACCUGUGUGACUGCCAGUCUUUGAAACCAAGGCAUACUUAUUACUCAGAUCCUUGUGAAAUCCUCUGAAGCCAGCGCACGCUCUAGAGACUUCCCUCACCGCGACUGUGUGCAUACAAUUUGAUUAGGAUGUAAAUGGUAUGAUUAACUCGUUUUUAGAGCUCUGAAGGAUAUUUACAUGGUCUGAAUGGGAAAAGGUGUCUGACACGUCUUUUAAAACAGAAGCAAUAAUGUCUAUUAGCCUCCGGGUCCUCCUUGUCAGCCCAAGCCUGCAUUCAUUUCACUUUCCCAUCCCUGUUGAAGCCAAUGCAGGAGUAGCCGUGGAGUCAGCUGUGGAUGUUCUUGAUGCCCAGAUAAAAUAUUACCAGGCCAAGACCUGAAUGUCACAUCUGCUGUAUUUUCACAGCAUGAAGCUGUAUAACUGUGGCACUUAGGACAUCUGUCAUUUAGUGAGAACUGGGUUAAUAGUACCUUGGACUCCAGUUCUGUGUUCCUGCCCUUGACUAGCCGUCUUUGGGAGUCCGUCUGAUAUUUGUACUGCAUUUCAAGAGAGUCGAGAGUGUCACAGGCACAGACAGCAGAAGCCUAUAAUAAUGUUAUCACGACGUCUAACACUUGCAUGUCGCUGCCUGCUGAAACGUGACCUGAGUGAAUGUAAAGAAAAACCACUUGUGCCCUGUAACUAUUUUAGCACACAGACCUUCAGGAAUUAGCAGCUGGAUGUUAAACUUCUACUAGCCCCUCUGUCUCACUAAUGUUGGAGAAUAACCUUGCAUUCAGAUAAAAGCUAUCUUCCCUUAUACAGCACGUUUCCCAUUAGGGCGAUGCAGACCAGUCUCUUGUCACUUCAGUAUUAUCAUUACAGCCUCUAUUGACAGAUGUUCUGCUGUAAAACAGCUGCUCCAGCUGUGAGCGGAGAGAAAUAGGCCAAAAUUUAUCACACCCAACAUUAAUAACCAUCCAUGACUAGUACCAGUGCCAACUGUAACAUAAUGCUCACCCACUAGAUACCAGCCUACUUGUGUAAAGCGUGCUUGGUCUGUGUGUGUUAAACGAGCUGGUUUUGCACUCUUUGAAAUUGUACUGUUAGGGAUUUGAGAACGAUACAUGUUGUUAAUGUGUAAACUGACCUUGCUCUUCCUCCUUUGCUCAAGGUGAGUCUUGCUCGCUGCCUCAUUCGGUUUCCUUGUUUUAAAAUGGAAAGAGUUUAGCAACCGGCCUUUAGGAGCAGCUGAAGGGACCUUGUCAGGUCUGAAAAAUUAAAAUGCUUCUUCAGUAUGCGCUGGCCACGAUGGGCAGGCUUUGCAACUGCAUGUGCAUCUUUUUAAAAUGCUUCCCCCUCACAACCCCCACCCCGAUGUGGGACAAAACUCAGCAGAUCUGCCACUUUCUGCUUAAAUCUUGAAAAACUGCUCUCUCUGGUUCUUCGCCAAGCUGUUUUAAAUUAGCUCGCAGUGAAUUUAGGCCCUGAUCCUAUGACUCUUGUACACAUGCUUACCUGGAACUCAAACGACAAAGGUAAAGCACGUGGCUGGAGGGCAGGAGUCAUACAUUUUAAAAAGCAUCGAUGAGGAAACAAGUCAGCUCUAACUUUGGCACUGCCGUUCACGGCAGUCAUCAGACCGUUACCUGUUGUUCACGUCCGCUUUCCUGCAUAUGAAAAUAUUGCGUCUGCUUCAUGCAGGAAAAUACUCUUGGACGCCCGUUUCACUCGACCCGUUUUACUGGAGAAGCAGGAUUUGGAUGAGGCUAAAUCCAUUUAAAGAAAAACACCGUGGUCUGUUUGAUGCCUUCAAGCCAGAGCUGGCCUCUUCCUGCUUCUGAAGUCAGCAGCUCCUCAUGCUGCAGUUUGAGAUCUCUCCCUGUCAAAAAUCAAGUAGUUCAUGAUGUUGACUGGCCUUUUAUACUGGUAAAGAAGUCUUGUCUACCUACUUCCUUGUCACCUGCCUCUUUGAAAGUCUAAUCAAAUCCUUACCAAAAAUAAACCAGUCCAUGGCAUGAGACUCGUGAAGUUUUUAGGAAGUUUUAAUUAAAGCUUUACAUGUUUCAGUGGUCAUUGUCGUUAGUGAGCUCACAGUGCUGAAGAGGCAAGAUUCUCAUCAUGGCUUUUUUUCUCUGCAGCUUUACAGGCAGGUGGCUUGUGUCAUUGAAUGCCCCUUUUCUCCUGCAUAGUUUAACAACGCAGUCUUGUGUUAAAACUAUAGGUUUUAAUUACAGCAAGAAAUUCACUGUACAGAAGUGCUGCGACUAAACUUUGUAGUCAAGUGCAAAAGAGCCAAGUUCGGCGUAAGUGUGCUGUUGGUGUUGGAAGCGAACGCCAAAAAAUUUGCUAAAUUUAGCUAUUGCACUGGAAAAUUAACCCAGUGACCUACAUUUUGUUUCUUACCCAUUUCCCAAAGCUAGAAGAAAUGCAGAGGCAAAAGAAAGGGGUGCAUGCUCAAGGCCCGGCAGUCGAAAGGUAUCUCCUGCCUGAACUAACUCUGAAAUACCUACGCUCGGUUCCUAGCAGGAGUGGAGGUGCUGCAGCAGGGAGCAGAGCCCAGGAGACCCACCCAAGCUUCCCGGCGGGUUCCUGAGCUGCACGCUGCUAGAUCCCUGCUAAUUAGUACCUAGUUAAGUUCAGGUAAGUGUCACGUGAGUCGCAAUCACAGCUUUGACUGCUGCGUAGACCUUCAUCAGCUGGGAGCGCUGGGGUCACAUCCAGGUGCCAGCUCCAUGCUUGGCAGUGCACGGUCAACCUUUAGCAGUACAACCUGUGCAUAAAGACUCGCUUGUCUCUCGAGCCCUAAAACUGGUGCAGCUCUAGUGGCAGAUACGAAUUUUCCCUUCCUGUUUAGCAACAAGUGACACCCAGCUCAACUGUCGAUUUAAAAAGCCAAAUAUAGUGGUAGAAAAAUGUGUCCAUUAACCAGGUGAUAGUGUGCCUUUCAGCUCAGCGCAACCAAAAACACAAACCAGCCCCACACACGGCUUUAUUCCAAUGCCAGAAACUAUCGAGUGGAAACAAGACCAUGUUAAGAGGUGUUAUGUGAUGGAAGUAUUUAGGCCUCAUUCUGCAUGCCCUGUUCUCAUUUACAGCGGUGCAAAGCAGGGGAGAAGGCUCCCAGUUUAGUUAGCAUCACACGCUGCUCAAGUGACCAGAUGAAGUGAUGUGGGUCCCAGGUCCCCUGCUAGCAAGUCAGGGUGCGUGAAACGUUGCACCUUGAUCUUUGCAGUAUUUCCAGCCAAAUAAGACCACACAAAUUCUCUUAGUUAAUGUACCCACCACCCCCCGGCCCCUCACUUCAAGAAAGGCUACAUGGAUCAUUCUGGAUUUUGAACACCAGCCUUUCUGUUGCUGUCACUGCCAGUUUAGAAGUGCAUGGCUAACUCCAGCAAGCCCACGCCAAAAGCAAAAUCCGGCCUUAGAAAAAGCUGGCGCUCCUCAAUGAACGGUGACUUAACUGCAAGGUUGUUCUAGAUUUCUUCCACCCAUUUCAACGUGCAUUUGAAAGAGGCCUCUCUCCAUGUCCAUGGUAGGAGAAAAGGAGCAAAGCAACCCCUGUUACCCUGAUCCCCUAUAGACCCUUAGGGCCUUAACAGGCAACUAAUCCCACUGUUAACUGCACACCGUCAAGCACUGCAGACGUCUUCAGGAUCAGGCUCCCAGACUAGUUGCCCCCUAUUAAGAGAGAUGGACAGGAAAGGGCACGGGGAGGAGAGAAGCAAAGACUGAGGAUUGGGGGCAGCGGCAGUCCAUCAGCCUGGCUUCUACUGGGAAGCACGCUGCAAAGAGAUUAAACCCUGGAAAGCCACACUACGUAAAUCACUGCUCUGUAAAUCCUCAGAGAACAUCCUACCUCUGGAUUACUGAAAAGCAUGGGGAGCUGCUGCUGAAUGAGACAUGGAUACUGGCUAAAUACUCUGCCAAAAGGCAAGUCCACUCCUUUUCAAAGCACUCAUCCUAAUAACCUCUCUGCUGGAUUUUGCUUUUUCUGGUUAAAAGGCACACUUUGAAGUCUUGCCUAUCC